AAACUAGCAGGUGAGUUACAUCUCCGUCACAGUAUGUAGUCAUCUGAGUCCUGCAUCAUGUAAGUAUGAGGUACCAUGGUAGCACUCAGCCGCCCUGGUCCACUUUGACACUUGCACACCAGGCCCCCCUUGACAACUAUCCUGCCACUAGCAUAUAUACUUCUUUCAUAGUGUUCCAUGCUUUUGAGCCUCCCGCGAGCCAGCCAUCAUCUAUCGCCAUUUCCUGCGGGCUUCCUUCCUUACUGUCUAUAUUCUUGCGAUUAACAGGGGUCCUUAGGCCAAGCUUCCGAAUUUUCAUUGGGAUCAGAAGGAUAUGUUGUCCUAACGGAGCUUCCUUACUUUUCGUGCUUCGAUCCAACAGUUCCCUCGUCUUGGGAGAAUGGACGAUAGGUGUUUCUACAGCAACGCCACCUUCUCCUGAUCCAUUGGGCAGUCUACCAUCUGCCAACUGCAUUUGUGCGCCUGUACUCAAAGAAGCUUCUACCCCAAGUAACGACUCAAGAUAUUCGACACGAUCGCUCGCAAGUUGCAGCUGCGCGCGCGUCAAGUUCAUGCUCCCUGGCAGUUUUCAACUUCUCGAGUUCCAUCACGACGGCUUGCAGCUGGGCUGAUUGAGGUGUGCGACCCGGAGUUGCCAUGAGGGAUACAGUGUGAGGGCAGACGUCGGAAGAUGAUGGAUUGGUUUGGGUAUGUGCUUUUGGGUGAAGAUGGUAGUUACAAUGGUCGCCGUUGUGUUCUCGUAGUUUCGAUGGGGGUCUAUAGACUCAAUUCAAUGUUUUGCGCAAUGUUAAAAUGCAUAUCACUUGAGGAAUUGUGCCCAAUAUAGACAAACCGCAUUU